AUCCUAAAAUAUUCACUUUCCCUCAAAUACGACAACCAAAUUCAAUUCAAUUUUCUUUUCUUAUUCUUCUUCUUAUCAUUAAAUUAAAUAAAUAAUAUAAUUACUCCUUAAUUAAUUAAAUAUAGAAUUCAAGAAGUCUGACCCGAUAGUCAAGUCACAAAAUCUGCAUGUGUACGUACCCUUUAAAUGCCAUCGAAAAAGAGAGAGAGAAAAUAAAGAGAAUCCUCCCUCUUCCUUUUUUUCCUCUCUGCCACUUUUUCAGGUUUUCUGUUUCUCUCUAUAAAGAAAAUUCAAUUAUUCACCUUACUCGAGACCUUUAAUAUAAUUCACCUUACUAUAAACACACACAACCAGUACAAUCUUUUUUUGAAAACUUGUGAAAUGGGGUUAAGUGCUUGAGAUUCUCUCUUUGAAAAGCGAAAUCAAUUUCUUUUUUGUUUACGAAUAUGGCUAUACAAGCGCAGAUGUAUACGGAUAAUUUUGGGUUUUCGUUAGGGGGUUCUUCUUCGCAGGAUUUGAUGGUGGAGAAUAAUAAUGGUUGUGGAUUUAAUCAGUUCUGUUUUAAUACGCAACAACAACAGACACAGCAACAACCCAUUAUUCAACAGAAUUUUCAACAGCAACAGAUUUUCACCCAGAAAUUCGUCAAUCAGAAUUUGAUGAAUAACAACAUUCUGCCUAAACAGUACGGUAAUAUUGCUGAAUCAAUGCCUUUUUCUCAGUUUCUAGCUACCGAGAUUGAAAAACAGAGGAUUGAAAUCGAUCAGUUCAUCACCUUACAGAAUGAAAAAUUGAGGUGGGUGUUAAACGAGCAGAAGAAGAAACAGCUUGCAUUGAUCUGGAGAAAAUACGAAACGAAACUUUUGUUUCUGUUAAAGCAGAAGGAUGAAGAAAUUGAUAAAGCGGCAAACAGGACAAAGGAGCUAGAAGAAUACUUGAAGAAAAUUGAAAUGGAGAAUGAAGCAUGGCAAAGAAUCGCCAAUGAAAACGAAGCCAUUGUUGUGUCAUUAAACAACACAAUCGAACAACUAAAAGAAAGUGGCUAUUUUUUGUCGACUAAUGGAGGUGUGGAAGAAGAUGCAGAAUCUUGCUGUGAUGUUCAUCAUGAUGAUGAUGAAGAACAAAAUACUACACGAAAGAUGAUUUGCAAAAGCUGCAAUUCUCGAUUCUCGUGCAUGGUUUUCUUGCCUUGUCGACAUCUUUCUUCAUGCAAAGCUUGUGAUUCUCUUCUUCAUCAAUGUCCUGUUUGUGGUGUAGCCAAGAAAGCCAGCAUUGAAGCUUUGAUUUGAUUAAAUCAAAGAAUAGAGCCUUUUGCUUCGCGGGAGGUUUGAUGCACCGGCCCUUCGCUUUACGGAGAAAAAUUUCAUCAGAAAAGAGAAAAAGACAUUGGUAAAUGGGUAGUAAGCCUAACGGAAGCUUUUGUGCAUUGCAUUGUGGAGAAAAGUGGAAAAGACAUUCUAAAUGGUUAGUAAACCUAACGGGAGCUUUAGUUCAUCGCCUAUCACUUUACGGGAAAAAAAUUUCACCAGGAAAAAAGCAUUGGUAAAUGGGUAGUUAAAUUCAUUAAUUUCUUUUUUUUUGUUAAAGUACUUUUGUCAGGGAAGAUUUACUGAUCUGUUUUCGGGGUUUUGUAAUUUUGUGUACUUUUUUUGAUGAAAUCCCCUGCUGGAAUUGCUGAUGAUAUGAUGAAAUGAUGAAUAGUGUUACUGGUGUUUUAGUGUA